AUGAAGGAGCAUCGUAGUGAACUGCGACUCCACCCCGUCCUGCUGGCGACGCUGGUAACCACGGUUAUUGUUUGCUUUGCACUUGGUUACCGCCACGGUUCGAAUGCGUGGGAGCAGCAGUUUAUGGCCACAUACAGUGAGCACCAGGGGCGUGAACGGCACGUUGUCGCGAUGCUGGAAAACUGUGACAAUGAGCUUACCAUGCUGAAAGGUAACGUGUCCUCGAAGAACGAGACUAUCAAUUCGAUUAUUUCCGAGAAUAUGGAAAUGGAGAAUAAAAUAUUGAAGUUGACACGCGAGUAUGAUCGAGUAAAUGAUGCGGACGAAAAGUGCCGCACCGAGCUCACCGUUCUUGAACAAGAAUACGGCAAAGGGGGCGAUAUGCCUUCUGCGGCGGUGAAGGGGGCGGAGACUGACCUGCAGACGCUGCGCAACACACUGAACAAGCUGACGGGAGGCGAGGGUAUGCACGGUGUCUUCCUGCACGAGUCACUGAAGAAUAUUCGCCAGACGCACCGACGGCUGUGCGCCUUCCGUCCGGGCUGCACACUUCUCUCCGACGAUUCGCUUCUGGAGAAAUGGAAGGAGGUCAUUUCCGGCGCACCAGUACUGCGGCAGCAAAGGGAGGCAAACACCACACAACGGAUGCUCUGGCGCUACAACGAGGGGGCCCCGCAGGAUAAGGCGGCUAUAUUCCUCCCAGAUAAAGAGGAGGCGAAAGUCCCCACAUAUUUCAACCGCUCUGGUGACUCACCAGUAUUGGUCGGGCAGGAGACAGAUUCUCGCGAGGUUGUGGCAACCGCAGUGGAGCGCAUACAGACCGUCUACGACGUCGCCCUCUGCGCGUACCACCGCAACGACCCUAACGCCAGUGUCUUCUCCACCUUCCGUUGGAACGAGGAUACAGAAAGGAACGCUGCCGCCCUGCAGGACUUGGUGCAAACGCCACUGGUUACCUUCUGCAUGGACUGCGCCCCCUCAGAAAGCAGCGGCGAGUUCUGGCGGACAUGUCAGGGCGCCGCCGGAGAUGACGACUUCUACGGCAAGCGAAACUUCUGGGUGACACGUUCUAUGGUGCGGCCGUGCCCCGACGUGGUGCGUGACGCCAAGAACUACUACACAGGGAACACACUGACUGGUCGCAAGGUUCUGGCCGUUGUGGCGCGCAACUCAGUGAAAGAUUGCUUCACGCACCGUGAUGAACCCCGUGGGAAUCACUUCCUGUAUCUGUUGGCCAACUUUCAGGAGGAGAAGCAGCACCUCGAGAGUCACGUAAGUAACGACACCUUCUUCCAGUGUUCCCCCUCGGUAGCACAGCUCGUGCAACGCAUCACUGAGGUUCUUGAGGAGGAAACGCAGAACGUCAUGGGUAAGGCCUUUGACGCGGUUUACAUCAGUCUGCCGGCUAAGACAUUGCAGGAGCUGAAGGUGCUUGACAGCAAGCCCGCAUGGUGGAGCAUUGCGCACUUCCGCUCAGGGGAGGUUGACAGUGCCCACGAUGAGCUCGUCGACUUGACCAUUGCGAGCCAGGCAUACGGUCUGUUGGUGAGUCCAUUUCUCGCCCCCAGCCAAUAUGUGGUGGAGCGUUUCCUCCUUCUACACAAGCUGCAGCCGAUGAACCGCAUAUGGUUUUUUUAA